GAAAAAAUAAAAAUCUUUUUUGUAUUUGGUCCGAUAUAUUUGGUGAAUCAUGGUAUAAGAUGAUAAUUGACAUGAAUCAGGAUAUUAUAAAGGUAAACUGAAUAUGUGGCUGGUUCUGAUUUUACUUUAUUGGCCUGUAUUAGUUGAAGGAAAAAUUUUGAACAGAAAUGUUAAUCCUGAAGCCAGACUGAAUUCAAAACAGCUCAUCCUGUACUGGAAAUAUCCUCUUGAGGAACAUUAUGUCAUUACAAAAGAUGGCUAUAUUCUCAACUUAUUCAGAAUUCCACAUGGCAGAGAAAACAACAAAACCACAAGUCCAAAGUGAGUUGUGUUUCUACAGCAUGGCUUGCUGGUGGAUGCUGCCAAUUGGUACCAAAAUUUUCCUCAUAAUAGUCUGGCUUCCAUGCUAGCAGAUGCUGGAUAUGAUGUCUGGCUAGGAAAUAGCCGAGGGAACACCUGGUCCAAGAAUCACACAUCUCUUUCUCCCUUCUUUGGGAAGUUUUGGAAAUUCGGUUAUAAUCAAAUGGCUAAAUAUGACCUUCCAGCCUCUAUAGAGUUUGUUCUGCAGAAAACUGGGCAGAAACAAAUAUAUUAUAUUGGUCACUCCCAAGGAACCACCAUUGCUUUUAUAGCUUUUUCAUCCAAUAAACAACUGGCUUCCAAAAUCAAACUGUAUAUUGCUUUAGCACCUGUUGCUACUGUUAAAAACGCUAAAACACCUUUAGCCAAAUUUGCAAAACUUUCUGAUACAGAAAUUAAGAUCUUAUUUGGAAGAAAAGAGUUUUUGCCCAAAACGUAUUUUGGUACUUUGUUUUCUACCAAAGUCUGCAGUCAGGAGGCACUGGCGUCUAUCUGUAGCAACCUAUUAUUUGUAUUGUGUGGUUUUAAUGAGGGGAACUUGAAUCUGAGCCGAGUUGAUGUGUAUACAUCAUAUGUCCCAGCUAGUACAUCUGUGCAAAAUAUGAUCCAUUGGAAACAGGCCAUCAAUAGUGGUAAACUUCAGGCUUACAACUAUGGAAGCUUUGGAAAUAAAUUUCAUUAUGAACAGGAUUUGCCUCCUGAAUACAAUAUAUCAGCUAUGACUGUACCAACAGCAAUUUGGAAUGGUGGAAAUGAUUGGCUUUCUGACCCUGAUGAUGUUAAUCAAUUAAUCCCCCAAAUUCAAAACCUUAUUUCCCACAAAUUUAUUCCUCAGUGGAACCAUCUGGAUUUUAUGUAUGGUAUAGAUGCACCUGAUCAAUUGUAUUGUGAAAUAUUGGACUUACUACAGAGGAAUCCUUGAGAAAUGUUUGUCAGUAAUGAUAAGAAGUUCAUUUGUUGU